AUGCCCGCCCCUCCUGCUGUUGCGGAGGACCCAGAGGGGCAGCGGUGGUACAGCUUCCUCGCCACACCUCCACGCUCCCCGCCCACCGAAGGCGCCAGCUGGGGAUCGCGUGGGUUUGCGGAGGAUUUCUUUGCCAAGUCCCCGCCGUACGCUGCCGUCUCCUUCAUGCCCGACCCGUACGACUCCCCCCGAUCCGCCACCGCCCAUUCGAUGCGAAGUGGUCAACCCUCUCCGUUCGGUUCGGAGCAGUACCCGGCGCGGUCGCCGGUGCGUCAGUCGUCAAGGGUGGAGGUGCUCUCCUCGAAUGCCGACGAGACCAAGAGCGAUGCGCAGACAUCAGCGGAUGCGCACCCACACGGUGUGGAAAGCGUCGACUGA